GUGACCUACCUUACUUCAUUUUACCUGAAGCAAGGAUGCUGUCAACUCACCCAGUUAAUCACUCGUGACUUCCAGCUUCAGCACUAUGCUGCCCGGCUCUAUUCAGAUCACAGGAGAAGCGCUGUCCGGAGCUGAAAUCAGAGAUAUAUGUGACAGCCUGAAAGAGAACAAUGUGAGGUUGCUGUCAGUGCGGGGAUGUCAGUUUUCCGACCGGGACUUUGGCCGGGUAUGCCGCGGGGUAUCCGAGUCCCGGUCGCUGGCACAGCUGAAUUUGAACCUGGGUGUGGUGUCGAGUGGCAGCCGCGCUAAACAGCUAGCUGAGGCGCUCCGAGCCAACAGAUCCAUCCAGGCUCUAUUUUUACAUGGAAGCCCUCUUUUAGAUGCAGGCUUGGUCACUCUGAACACAGCGCUGACAACUCACCCAUCGCUGGUGUCCUUGGACCUGGGAGACUGUAUGCUCGGAGAUGAGGCAAUCCAGCUGAUCUGCGGCAUGCUACCACCAGACGGGGCCAAAUCUGGUCUCAGAGAGCUAACACUAAGUGCAAACCCAGCAGUAACCACCAAAGGCUGGGCUCGACUGGCUAUCGCAGUGGCACAUAGCUCCCAACUAAGGGUUCUCAAUCUGGACUACAAUCCAUUAGGGGACCAGAUUGCUGGAAUGCUGGCAGUUGCUGUGGCUUCCAGUCGGACUCUGGAGGUUUUAGACUUGGAGGGAACAGGGCUCACAAAUCAGUCAGCACAGGUCUUCCUUGACAUGGUGGAGAACUACCCAACUUGCCUACGUGUACUGGUGCUAGCCGAGAACGCCAUCAGCCCUGAGCUGCAGCAGCAGAUCUCUGACCUCCUGUCUGAGGGCGAGGAGGAUGAGGACAGAGAGACAGAGGCCCACAGCUGCUCGAUCAGCAUGCGAGAGAAACAUGCCUGGAUUCCUCACAGCAACCUCAACUCCCAGAUGGUCCUGAUGACAUCAGGACAGGGUGAGAGCUAUUUGGCAGAGACUGAAUUGUGAUAACUGGAACUGCCUUUGGUUAUAGGUUUGCACUGCACGGCACUACCGUCAGACCACGUAAUGACGUGCAGCCACUCAUAAUGCAUGAUCUGUAGCACUUAGUGAUAGACUUUUCAAAACUGGCACACGGAGAGAGAAAAAAAAAAAACCUCAACCACUAAGUGACUUAUGAUUCUUGAUAGUAAAUUAUUUAUUUGCCUGAUGUACAGUUUAUUUAUAACAACUAUUAAAGCAACAGUAUGCUCUUGCUUAGAUCAGCUAAGUAGGGUUGUUGUGAUGGCCUGAAUAAAUCUAUUUACAUUUU